AAAGACCUAUGUUUUGGUUCCCACGAUCAAGCUAGAAUGAAACUGAAGAAAUCGGUCUGUGGUAGGGGGAUUCGCUCAACAUUCAAGGUAAAGGCACGAACCCGGAUGGUAAAAUGGAUAAUCAAGUCAGUACCGAAAAUGUCAAUCGCUUGAUUGAACUCAUGAAUGCUUCGACUUUUUGUGUAGGAACAAGUCAGACGCCAACAGUGGAAAAUGAACCUAUUAAGGAUGUCCCUGAGAGCAGCGCUUGGAACUAUCUACCACGACUUCGAGGUAGUCAUGUGUAUUUUAAAGGCUGUAAUUUUUGUAAGAAGAACGGAGAACCUCGUCAAGUUUAUUAUGGUCAUCAACUACGGGAUGAGUUUGGACGUGUGACAUGUCCGGUGUUAUUCCGUUACGUCUGUCCAUGGUGCGGUGCCACAGGAGAAUACGCCCACACAGUGAGUUACUGCCCCUCCAAUCCGUACCGUAGGUCUACGGUACUGACGUCACGUACUCCACGGAAAAGCUGUGGUUGUUUAAGAAACUGUCAACAUCACUACAACCGGAAACACUAGGAGGAAUAGCAACAACGAAGGAAAAAAGUGAACAAAUUUUAGUGAGCGCAUGUUGCCGAUAGUAAUUCUUGUAUCAUGGAAGAGAAACGACAAUCCAGUACAUGUACUUUGCUUGGUAUUUUUUUUUUUUUUACAGUAGUCGAAUUU